CUAGAAGAUAUAGUUGAAUGAGGUUGAGAAGAUGAUGAAAACCGAGUCCAUAUUAACUGUAAUGAAAGCGGCGUGACCUUGAUCUAUGUAUAGGUAGGAACAAAAGCAGAAGGUAGGAACAAAAGCAGAAGGCUAUGUAUAGGUAGGAACAAAUUGCCUUCUCCCUGCCCGUGUCCCCAUUUUUUUUGCCUCUAUCAUUCAACAGAGCCCAACCUGUUGUCCGAAGUGGUCAAACGUAUUCGGUUGUAGUUAGCAUCUCUUACCAACUGUACCGUUGCCAUUGUCCUCGACAUUUUGGAUUUCACCAAUGAAUAACAAGCUAUCCGACUACUAACUCUAGGACUAGGUUCGUUUUCUCAUUUAAUGAAAUACGUUUUUAGUACUUAUUUUCAUUGAUUUGAUCAACAUGGCUGGUUCCGACGACUCUGACCACUGGCAAUGCCAGGUAUGCACGCUAUUGAACCCCCCUGGGCUCAAGCGUUGUGAUGCGUGUGAGACGCCCCGACCGGAGCAGCCGAAACUCAGGCUGCAAAUGAGCCCCGCCGCAGGUGCCGUAGGAGGAGGCGCUGCUGCAGCUGCUCCAGCCGCAAAUGCUUCUGCUGCCGCAGCUUCUACCAGUGCCACCGCAGGGGCUAGCGCGUCACAGCCGACUCUACCCAUUACUGCAACGAGCCCUACUACUUCUUCAAAAGCUCCCGUUCGUCCGAAUCCAGCGAUAGCAGGCUCUACAGGGGCGUCCGCUUCUGGUGCAGCAGCAGUCUCGUCUCGUGCCGGUCUGUCGCCAGAGGAGCGCCAAAAAAGAGCUGACGAGAUAGCGGCAAAGCGCAUGCGCAAAGAAGAACACAAAAAGCUCGAAAGAGAACGCUUUGAGGCAGACCGAAAUGCAUACAACGAAGUGCAUGUACAACUACCACUUAUAUUUCUGUAUCUAUAAAAAUCCUCCUAGGGAGUGGCACUGGUAGAAGAUAUGAAUAUUACUAAUUUUCAUGCUAGACGUCUCCAAGAAUGUACUUCCACAAAGAAAACCCUACACUAAACAAGGUAACCCCUGGAGGUGCGACCAGUUCGGCCGGUUCAGCCGCGAAAGCAGCAUCGGCGGCGCGCGUUGGUCCUCCUGCCGGUAGAGAGGUCGCGCCAGCAAAUGCACCCGUGCGUCUCCAAGUGCGAUCCGAGGUGAAGGGAACAACAGUGAAUACAACUGCCUUUGUCGCGUCCAGCACACUGAAAGACGUACUUUUACUAGACGUACUUGGUUAUACUAGAGAUCGUAAUUUUUAGUUAACUCUUACUCUACUGAUUGAUCUUUCGAAGGUAGUUGUAAAAAAUUGAAUUAGAAGUACUAGGUCGUUUGCUGUUUUAUUGUUGGUUCUUACUCGAGGUCUUCGAUUUCGCAGACCGUGAGCUGACGAGUAGUGCUAUCCCGUUUGCUCCUGGGGCUACAGAUCAGUUUCGCGAACAUACUAUGCGCAUCAUCGAAGAGGCGCGCCGCCAUCGCGCAGCCACCAACGCACCGACUGGCAUGCGACAAGCCUUCCCGCCUCAUCGUAAGUGGGAAGUCAGCGAGCUCGCUAGCACCACUCUCGCCGAUGCCGGUGUGGUCCCUAGUGGGGUUCUCAUUCUCUGCGAUAGGCCACCAGUGGUAGAAGGGUCGAACAAUCCGAGUCCGGAUCAGCAAGCAGCGGAGGCCGUGACAAGUUCUGCAAGGGGUCGUCGCGGUGCGGCGCCGGAAGGUCCUGACGAUGAUGAAGAUAGCGAGGAUGCGGAAAUGGAGGACGCUCGAAGUUUCCAACAUGGGGCGGACUCAGAGGACAACGAAGACGACUCGCAGGACCCUUUUGGUGAAGCGUUCUUUCGGCAAUUCGACCCGCGCGCUGCGGGACAGGGCAUCUUUCCUGCACGUCGAGGCGGCGCUUUUCAUCCGCGGGAUCGCCACGCUCCUCAAGAGCCACCGCCACCACCUAGAACGCAGGAAGAGCAAGAGGAAGCUCGACGGCAGGCGCGCGAAGCUGCUAUGAAACGAUUUCAGACGGGAGGAUCAGCCCCAACUUCUUCUGGCCAAGACAGCAGACCUGCGAAUUCCACCUCUACUGCUGCAACGAGUAGACCAGCUCAGGCUACUUCUUCAACUGGUACUUCUACGACUACAGCAACUGCAAAAGCGUCCUCCUCUUCUGCUGGUGCGUCCUCUUCUUCGACGCAAAGUCGUAUUCCCGCAGGACACGUCGCGGCGCCCAGUGGCCCGCCGAAGAUGCUUACGUCGAAGAAGCGAGAGCUUGAGCGUGAGGAAAUUCUGCGACGCGCGCAAGAGGAACGUCAAGAGGCUGAGCGCAGGCAAAAGGCUGAAGCGGACGCGCGCAAGCGAAAAGCAGCAUCCAAAAGUCCGCGCGACUUCAGAGAGGAAUCAGACGAGACACGACAACAAAGGCUGCAAGCUAUUGCGAAGCGCAUGGAAGCAGUGGAAGAAGGAGAUCGUGGAUCGGACAUUGCAGCUGGCACUGGGGAGCAGGCGGCUUCAUCCGGAACCUUUCCUGGAAAUGGAAAUGCAAUAAAUAUUGAAGCAAUAAAAAACAAGUCUGAUACCAAUGCAGCAGCAAGCGCAACAACUACUGAUACUGCAGGAUCUAGUGGGCCUCCACCUGCUAAUGGCGCUGGAGGCAAGCAGACACGAGUUACGCUGGCCUACAAGACGUAUCGUGGACACCUGCACUUUGAUUCAGAGACGACCACGCUGGUGGGUGUAGUGCGCCAGUUCAAAGAGGAGAACCCGGACAAGUUUUCGACAGUGCACAUCGUGCCAUCAGACCAACUGAGAGAGGGCGAGCCUCCAGUCACCAUAUGCACCUCCGAUGAAAGCAGUGGCGACCACACGAUUCCACACCUGGUUUUGGCCUAUCCGCCGCGGACCGACUUUAGUUCCGAUUGGAACGCAUGCCUGAGUACGCUGCCGGAUUUAAGAGGUGCCUCUGCGGGUCUCAUUUUGCGUCAAACGGACGUUCCGGCUGAGCAACAAGUCAGGCCAGUCCCGCCACCAGCCAGGGCGCCAGAUGUAAUCACCAUUGCCGAGGAUGGCGAUGUUGAAAUGUUGACCGCGCCUGCGUCGAAUAGUGCGUCGAAUCUUGCUUCAUCUGCCCAUCAUGGAGGCAGUAGUCCACCGCUGUCUGGAGUUCAACAGCUUCAAUCCUCUGGCCACAGCGCCGCGGUUGCAUCGUCGUCCUCGUCUUCUGGUGCCCGCGCCGUGCCCUACACUGGCCCAGGCAUGUCUCCAGAGGAAAGAGAACGAAAGAAGCAGGAGAUGGAACGCAAAAAGCGGGAAAAGGAGGAAGAAAGGAAUCGCAUCCUAGCAGAUGCAAGAGCAGCGCAAGCAUUAAGGGAAGCUCGAGCCCAAGUGAACGUCUCGUUUCACUCCAGAACCAACGUCCUUGAGAAUAACAGGAAUGCAGUCGAGCAAGCGCGAAAUAGAGCCGGGUCGUCGUCCUCGUCGACUUCAAACUCGACUCAGGCGAAAGCGCCAAGCAGCAUAGGACUUGGGGUUGGUGGAGGACAACCGCAGCAACAAGGUGGAGCACAAGGCCGACCACAGUCUCCUCUUGCUCUUCUCGGUCCACCGCCUUCUGGUGCUCCUAUUGCUAUUCCUAGCGCGAGUAUAAUAGGUGCUCCUACAAGAACUACUGGUGGAGGAGGUAAUGAAGUGAUUGUUUUAGAUGAUGACGACUCGUCAGCAUCAGCCGCUUCACCAGCCUUGAACGCCGCAGCGAGCCGCCAAAGCGACGGUCCACCACGCUCAGGGUUACGCAGGUUACGCAUUCGCCUGCCCGAUGGCAGAAUCGAGAACUCACACGAGUUCGAUCCCAAUAACAGCGGCGCGGGGGAUAUUCCGCUACAAGUUCUCAUCGAGUCAGCCUUUCCCGCGAUAAGCACAGAGGAAGGUCGCCAGCUGUACACGGUAUCUAUCCUGCGGAGGACUAGACUCUUUAGUUUUACUCAUCGUUUUUUAUCGAGAGGCUAUUUGUGCCCUUUCAUCGACGUCUAAAAACUAGAACUACCUCUUAAAGAAAAGAACUAUCGCGAUCAAGACUUAGUCUUCAAAUACUAUGUUGACCAAAUGAGUCUUCAAUACUUUCUUAUUGUACAACCAGGUGGUUAUAUCAAGCUGUAUCCCCCGGGAAACGGUCGCUCCCAGUAAUUUGGGAAACGCUCUGUCUUCGUUUUCGUCUCUGUGGCCUCAUGGGGGGACGGUGCUUCUCUUAGAGACAGCUCGGGCUGGCGCCGACUUGCAGGCUGCACGCAGUAGUGACUUCUUUUAAGGGUUUCCACAUUAUACAUCCCCGACUAGCAUCCUUCUCUCCCCAUCCCUUAAUAGCAUCCUUGAGCUUGACAUACAUCCCCAUCCCUUAUACUAUUACUAGCAUCCUUUUCUCAACUUAGUAGAAAAUAGGUGAAGGAUAUUCAUAUUCUGUCUGACGGAUGUAAUUGUAAUAGAUAUGGUAAAUGUUAUGACGAAUGAUGUAAUGUGGUAACCUUUAAUUCUUGCGACAUCAGAUGGACGAGCGUGUGCGAUACGAGCAACUGCGGAGGGCGCAUCUAAGGGCCCGACGGCGCAUUCGUCGGGCCCGGCGUGCAGCUGGGCUGACGCAGUCGCAAGACGAUAGCAUGGAGAUGCAUCCAUCAGAUGAUGAGCCCAGCACACCAGCUAAUCAAGUCCGAGAUGAUGUUAUGUUCAGCUCUUAUACUUAAACCAACUUAUCCAUCUUUCUCCGCAUCUCUUCGGUUGUAGUUUCCUUUUGUUCUCAUACAUAGAAGAAUGCAACGGAACAGGGAGUGAGAUGAGGGGAGGACCGAGAUGAAGAAAAUCCGACUCUAAUUUUUCCGACUCUAUUAAUGUUGCACAAGCCGGCGAUGUCGAUAUGCCCGACUGGCAUGCUGAUGUCGCUCGCAUCCAGCAGGAGUCUGAGGAUCACGCUCUAGCCAUAAGAUUGCAAGGAGAGCAACACGAGUCCCAAGAAAACAACGGGAACGCUUCUGGUGGCGCGGGUAGGCUACGACCAGGACAGCAGGCCUCUGGAGCGACAUCUUCGUCAAGAGCCGUCCCAAGCAUUAAUCGAGCUGGAAACGCUGCUGCCGCGGCUCGGAACAACGCACGCGUCCAGAGAAUAAACGUCAGAGCAGUCGGCGGGGGUGCCGCGUCCUCUUCCUCGAAUGCAGCUGCAGUAGGUGAUAUACAAGCACGAGUGAGAGGCGAAAUGGCGAGAAUGCGUGAGUACAUGAGGAAUGCGUUUGCUUCCUUUGGUGGCGGAUCCUCGUCUUCGUCGUCCGCAGCUCGACCGCGCGUCGCUAUGGGCAUGCCAGGGUCGCGCAACGCCGGUUUCGACUUCGAACAGCUGUUCAAUUUCGAAAACAUUGAUGACGAUGAGGAUGACGACGAUGAUGAGGAUCAUGACGAUGAUGAGGAUCAUGACGAUGACGAUGCUGAUGAUGGGCAUGGAAGAGCUGAUCCUUUCGCAGAGUAUAUGCAAGUACUAGCGGAUGGAGGUUACAGCCGAGGCGGAGGGUACGCAGGAGCUGGAAGAGGAGGUAAUAGAGGAGGACGUGAUGGCAGACUAGUGGUAGAUCCGUUCGAUGCUGAUGAAAUCAAUGCCGCCUAUCCUCGCAGGGGUGCGCAAAGCAGCUCGUCCGUCAAUCGCAUCUUGGCGCAGUGCGGAGAGGAGACGUUUAUGCUCAGGAUAUUUUUUACUCAGGUUCGUUCUCGUUCAAGUUCACACGCUACUGUGAAGAUGUAAUGCUUACUACAGUAUAAGAUGUCGCUCAUUUUUGAGUUCGCUUCAUCAAUCAGCAUCAAGUAGGUGCUGUCUUCAGUAAAAACAACAAUGAGUUGAUUGCAUCCUCCAGCAACAACAAGUUGGACUCCAUCAAUCAAUGAAGAUUAAGAUCAACUAAUAGCGAGCGCCAACUUGUACGAGCUCUUCAAGUACAGGGUCAGUAAGGCUCUACCUUAUAUAAUCUUCUCCUUUCAUGUAUGUCCAAGCGCCUUCGGUGGUCGAUUUGGAGUCGAGUCCGGAGCCCGAGCUGUGCGUUAUUUGCCAGUGCCCGUUUCAAGCGGGUGAGCACUUGCGACGACUUCCCUGCUUUCAUCGAUUUCACGCCGAGUGCAUCACGAAUGGGCUUCGAUACAGCACGCAAUGCCCUGUGUGCAAAUUUGAACUGAAUUCUUAAUCAUAAUAAUGUGGACCAGCGGUUCUUCGCCAUUCUCCAUGUUGAUGUUUGUUCAUCUUCGUCUUCAUCGACAUCGAUUCAUUCCACAAGUCUACUCGCCCUCGACUAGAGAGCACCAUAUUCUUAUAUCCCCACCUUUCUAUGAUAAGUAGAUUCAUUGAUUAUGAAGUUCAUCAAUAGAUUCUUACAAUCAUAGCAGGAUGAUUUUGAAGCCCAGAAUUAGCUUGCCUCUGGUGCAUGUGCUUCGGUAUUUCUAUAUCUUUCGUUCUUCCAACAUCCUAUCUAAAAAAACCGCGUGUUCGCUAUACUUGGUCUUUCGACUUUCUUACAUCGUUCGCUCUCACAUGAAAGUUGACAUGAUCUUUUCUAAAAAGUAAAAACCUUUGCUCGCAUGAGCAGGCACUUUUUGGGCUCAAAUCACUAGAGGAAAGAGACAAACCUACAAUCACCUGUCUUGAUGUCUUGAUGUCUUAUUGGUUGAUGGUUUUACCCACGACCAAGAAGGGAGCGCAGAAGUCAAUAUUGUCAGAAAUAUGCUCGACUUCGCCAAGCGUCAGGAAAAAGUGAGACAGCGUAUUAAAAAAUAGAAAAGCGCUGUCAUUUCUCGCCCUUAACAAUGUACAGCAC